GGCAGAGCAGGGAAGUCAACCUGAGCAAACACAGCAGCGAGUGUUCCCAAGGCCAAAAUGCUGAGGAAAUCCACUGGUAGGGGGGAUCCGACUUGGCGGGCCCCCUGGCUCUGCACGUUUUCUGGCAUCUUCCACCUCUGCCUCACAUUCUGGUUGGACCAGGUGGGCUUGCUGCAGGGACACCCCCAGUGCCUGGAUUAUGGGCCCCCCUUCCGGCCCCUCUUCCACCUCGAGUUUUGCUCUGACUACGAGUCCUUCGGCUGCUGUGACCAUAGCAAGGACCUCCGCAUCGCGGCUCGGUAUUGGGACAUCAUGGACUACUUUGAUCUGAAGGGCCACGAGCUGUGUGGUGGUUACAUUAAAGACAUCCUUUGCCAGGAGUGCUCACCCUAUGCAGCCCACCUCUACGAUGCUGAGAACCCUCAGACACCCCUCCGGAACCUUCCUGGCCUCUGCGCGGACUACUGUUCCGCAUUCCACUCUAACUGCCACUCUGCCAUCUCUCUGCUGACCAGUGACCGUCGCCUCCAGGAGACCCAUGGAAAAGAUGGCACCCACUUCUGCCACCUCCUCAACCUUCCUGAUAAGGACUACUGCUUCCCAAACGUCCUGAGGAAUGGCCAUCUCAACCGCAACCUCGGUCUGGUGGCCGAGGAUCCCCAGGGCUGCCUGCAGCUCUGCCUGACCGAGGUGGCCAACGGGUUGAGGAACCCCGUGUCCAUGGCCCAUGCUGGGGACGGCACCCAUCGCUUCUUUGUGGCCGAGCAGGUGGGGGUGGUGUGGGUCUAUCUGCCUGAUGGCAGUCGUCUCGAACAACCCUUCCUGGACCUCACGAACACUGUGUUGACCACUCCAUGGAUUGGGGAUGAGAGAGGCUUCUUGGGGCUGGCUUUUCACCCCAAAUUCCGCCGCAACCGCAAAUUCUAUAUUUAUUAUUCAUGCCUGGGCAAGAAGAAGGUAGAAAAGAUUCGGGUUUGUGAGAUGAAGGUUUCUCAGGCUGAUCCCAACAAAGCGGACCCCAAGUCGGCGAGGGUCAUCUUGGAGAUAGAAGAACCAGCUUCAAAUCAUAAUGGUGGACAACUCCUUUUUGGCCUGGAUGGCUAUCUGUACAUAUUCACUGGGGAUGGAGGACAGGCUGGGGAUCCCUUCGGACAAUUUGGAAAUGCUCAGAACAAAAGUUCCCUGCUGGGAAAAGUGUUGAGGAUCGACGUGAACGGGGCAGGCUCAGAUGGCAGGCGGUACCGAGUCCCCCCGGACAAUCCAUUUGUGUCUGAGCCCGGGGCCCACCCCGCCGUCUAUGCCUAUGGAAUCAGAAACAUAUGGCGCUGUGCCGUGGACCGAGGGGACCCCAUCACGCACCAGGGCCGAGGCCGGAUCUUCUGUGGGGACGUGGGACAGAACAGGUUUGAAGAAGUGGACAUCAUUGUGAAAGGCGGGAACUAUGGCUGGAGGGCCAAGGAAGGGUUCGCAUGUUACGACAGAAAACUUUGUCACAAUGCCUCUUUGGAUGACAUUCUGCCAAUCUAUGCUUAUGGCCGUGAAUUGGGGAAGUCUGUCACUGGAGGGUAUGUCUACCGUGGCUGCGAAUCUCCAAAUCUCAAUGGCCUCUACAUCUUUGGGGACUUCAUGAGUGGUCGACUUAUGGCUUUGCAGGAAGAUAGAAAAACCAAGAAAUGGAAGAAACAGGAUAUUUGCCUGGGCAACACCGCGUCCUGUGCCUUCCCAGGGCUGAUCAGCACCUACAGCAAGUUUAUCAUCUCCUUCGCUGAAGAUGAAGCAGGGGAGCUCUACUUCCUGGCCACCUCUUACCCAAGUGCCUACGCACCACAUGGAUCUAUUUAUAAAUUUGUUGACCCAUCAAGGCGAGCACCCCCAGGCAAGUGCAAAUAUAAGCCAGUGCCGGUGAAAACCAAGAGUAAGCGGGUCCAGUUCAGGCCACUUGCCAAGACAGUCUUGGACUUGCUAAAGGAGCAAUCAGAAAAAGCUGCUAGAAAAUUAUCCAAUGUAACCUUAGCUUCCAGUCCAGACCGGGCCCCAUCUCAGAAAGGCUCCGUCGAGAAGCCAACUUCUCCCACAAGAAGCAGGAAGACAUCUCGAGGGCCUGGUGCAAAGAAGGGAGCCAGAGUGUGGUCCCCAGACUCCCAGGGGAAGAGGACCAAGAGCCGGAAACCCCGACGUAGCUGGUAAGCCAGCCCGCACGGCGGAGGCGAGCUGGAAGAAGUUGCCCUCAGCCUUUUCUGUCAAGGUGGCUGAGCAGGGAACCUCUGAGGGGAGAACCCCAUUACCAGGUGGAACCUACUGCUGCUACGAACUCGGACCUUAGACGUAUGGGAAGCUGGGGGCAGAGGGGGGAACUUGACUUAGGGCCAGCAUGGUUGUCCCGCCAUGGGGAUCUUG